CCGGGCCCGUCGCUUCUUUCUGUCCGACCUGCGCGGGGCCCGGGGGGGCGAUGUAGGGGACAUGCCCUGACGGGACGACGAGCGGUCGGGGCGCCGCCUGCGAGGGCACAGCUGCGCCAGCGGAGCCGCCCGCGGCGGGCCGGCCGCGCCCGGCGAGGCCCCCGAGCGCCGCCGCUAUGGCUGGGGCCGGGCUCUGGGCGAGCAUCAAGUCCCUGCUAGGGAGGAGCGAGGACCCUCUGUUCCUGAACGACUCCAGUGCCUUUGACUUCUCGGACGAGGUGGGGGACGAGGACUUCCCCAGGUUUAACAAGCUGCGCGUGGUGGUGGCGGACGACGGCUCGGAGGCGGCCCCGGAGACGCCGGUGAACGGGGCGUCCCCGGGGCUACCGUCCGACGACGAGUCCCUGCUGGACCGGGACAUCGCCCUGCGCAGCGCCCGGGCCGGCCGGCCGGACCCCUGCAGCGGCUGCAGCAGCCGGCGGGAGCGCUCCAAGCAGAGGAAGGUGAAGAAGCGCCUGACGCUCGCUGCCCUGCUCUACCUCCUCUUCAUGACGGGGGAGCUCAUAGGUGGCUAUGUUGCUAACAGUCUAGCAAUUAUGACAGAUGCACUUCACAUGCUGACUGACCUUAGUGGUAUUAUUUUGACCCUCCUCGCUCUCUGGCUGUCUGCAAAAUCUCCAACAAAGAGGUUCACUUUUGGAUUUCAUCGCUUAGAAAAUGAAAAAACCCUAACAAAUCCUCCCCAUCCAACAAAUCCUAAAGCCUAUUUCUUAAAGCAUUUCUCUUCUUCCACUUUCAGAAUGGGGUUUUUGCUGAAUCAAUCUGGCCACCUCCACUCCCACUCCCACCCUCACUCUCACGUACCUCAGCCGAGCUCUCCAAGCACAGCCCAGGGCGGCAGCCACGGGCACAGCAGCCUGGCCGUGAGAGCAGCCUUUGUGCACGCCCUGGGGGACCUGGUGCAGAGCAUCGGGGUGCUGGUGGCUGCCUACAUCAUCCGCUUUAAGCCAGAAUACAAGAUUGCUGAUCCUAUAUGUACAUAUGUAUUUUCCAUACUGGUGGUUUUUACAACAGUUCGAAUUCUGUGUGACACGGGAGUUAUUAUUCUGGAAGGAGUUCCAAGACACUUAAAUGUGGAUCGCAUCAAGGAAGACCUCAUGAAAAUUGAGGAUGUUUAUUCUAUAGAAGAUUUAAAUGUUUGGUCUCUCACUGCAGGAAAAACAACUGCCAUAGUCCACUUGCAACUAGUUCCUGGUAGUUCAUCUAAAUGGGAGGAUGUUCAGUCCAAGGCCCGGCAGCUGCUGCUGAACACGUUUGGAAUGUACAAGUGCUCUGUCCAGCUUCAGAGUUACAAACAGGAAAUGAGCAAAACCUGCGCGAAUUGUCAGAGUUCCAGUGCCUAAUUUCAUAUGUUUUGGGAACUGCUGCCUUAUUCUUUACCUUGUGUAGUCAAAGACUGAGAGCAAUAAAUGCAAAAUGAAAAUUAUCCAAUAGUAACCAUUCAUAUGUGGAUUUGUACCAUGGGACAUGCAGCAGGGAGAACUGGUGCUGCAAAAAGUGCAGUGGUUGCCCUACAGAACAUGUAUUUCACUCUCUCUGUUGUACUGGUUUGUUCAAUUUAUUAUGGUUUUGAAACAAAGCUGGGUUUGGAUUAUUGUUUACAAACUGGAACGUGGCUCUGCAGAUACCUCACAAAUUACAGUCCAAUAUUGUCCUUUAAACAUUACGUACCACAAAGUACCUGCACUCCAAAAGGAGCAUUGGGUAUUCAGUAUUUCAGUAAAAAGUCUCUAAAGCUGAUCAUACCAGGGUUGCACAAUAUAUCAUGAUCCCCAAAUUCAUUAUUCAGUAUUUUUGCAAUAGUAAUUUUCAGACAGUAUCUCAAACUAUUAACACAUACAUUAAGUUGGAUUCUCAUGGAAACUGUCUCUUUGGAGACACUGCAAAACACAGAAUUUACUGUACCCAGACCAGAAAUUUAGCUUUAAUAUGGGCAUUCAGAGAUCCAGACAGGAAGAUCCUUGCCCAGACUUCUGGUAUUUAUCUAGAGACCCAACACUGGAUCCAAAGUGUUUUAAGUGAUCAGUUAUCUUUAAUGUGUUUUAGAAUAGGAUUUAUACAUUAGAAACAGGUUAUUUAUUUUACAAAGUUUUGACUUGUAAGAGGAAUUUAUUAUUAAUAAUCUUGAAUGUCUAAACCAUCAUUUGAUUCACAUUAAAAGGCCAGUUGAUUAGCAUGCAUUCUAAUUGUAAUUAAUAAAUGUCCUGUAAUUGAUAAUUUUUUCCAUGAUUGUUUUGUUUUAAAAGAAAAGUCAAAUGAUAGAAGUGAUGUUUGACUUGGAAAUCCUCUCAAAUGCAAUCUACAGCUACGUGCACCUAACAGGAAAGUGGGGAGCAGAAGUUUUAGACUUGCACAAUUCCAUCCAUCACAAUCUUUGACCUUUUCAUCUUUGCUUUGAGCACGGCGUGACAGCAUCCUGACAGGAAUGCCACUGUGAUAGCAGUUCCCACUACUUAGCUUAUGGAUGAAGCAAAAUCCAAGCAAGCUCUGUAACCUGAAGGUGUUGGACAGCAAUAUCAUAACAGCCUACAGCGGCAGAAAGGUCCUUCUGUAUCUGCAGAGAGGAGGCAACCUGGAAAGACUGUGUAUUCAUCUGGACAGCUCAGAGUCCACAGGGUGGAACUGUUUGGCCUCAUUGUGGAACCCCCCUGUAUUUUGAAUGUACCCAAGAUAAUAAAUCUUUACACUAAGUUAUCAUACACCUACAAGCCCAGAUUUAACCUGCUUCUGACGGCAUUGGCAUUCAAGAAGCUAAGGGAAGCAAGAACAUGACCUACAGAGUUCAGAAGAGGGCAAGAACUUGGCUUCAAAUAUUUUUUGUUUAUUCUGUACUUUCACCUUAUGCAGAACUUCCACUGACAUGAAAAGCAGUUCUCUGUGUGGAUCAGAAAGGAAACCUUUUGCCCAGUUACAGUUACUGUGAUAUUCAGCUGUGAAUAUUUCAGCUAUUUUCUGUUUUGAAACUCACUAGGGUUUCACAUUUUCAUAAGGCUAAUUUGUAUCUGCAUUUGGUAGUAACAAUUUUGGGUUCUUUUCUUCCCUUUUUGGAGGUAGGGGUCACAUGAUGAUUUUUUAUUGAUGAAAGCAGACAGCACAUUGAGAAUCUGGACAAAGUGCACAUAACACUGGACUGUGUUUGUAUCUGUUUGGGCAAGAAAGAGGAACAUGGUGUACAGCAUGGGAGCAUGUGCAGCUGAAAAGCACCACUGUGCUGGGGAAGGUAAUGCUGCAAUACAAACACUAUCAUUAAUUAAGCCAUAUCACAGUUCAUGAAAAAUGUGCAUCCCAUCCUUACAAACUUACUGGCAAAAAACCACAAACAACAGGUAUUUUGCACAUACUAAUGCUCAAAUGGGUUUUAAUUAAAUUGGGGUUUACAGUUGAUGUAAUUAAAUGUUGAAGUACAGUAGAAAUGUAUUGUAUUUGCAGUUUUUUAAUAAUUUAGUAUACAUUUGUUUAAUUGAAGAAAAAAGGUGUGUUGUUUUAUUGUGGGUUUUAUUAAAUUGAUUAUUAAAGUUCACAUUGUCUUAUAAAACA